GCUUGAAAACUGGAUCCCCAGCUAUCCAUCCAUGGUCGUGUCACCAGAUGGGAAAGGAGUUCUCAUGGACAGGAAUGGCUGGACAGGCAUGGCUAUAACUACCACGGCUGAUGAACCUCCGUACAUCGUAGUUGAUUUUCAGGCAUUUUACAGAAUCACAAAGAUACAAAUCCACAUGGUCCACCACUGGGCGGAGGUAGUCCACGUGUUCACAGAAUCGACGUCUCUGUCCUGUAACUGGACGGAAGCGGGUUGGUUCCGACCUGAGGUGUCGAACUCAAAGCAGACAUUUGACAAUUUUGUCGGAACUGGGCGCUUCUUGAAACUCGUCUUCACUCCUAUCAAUGAACACUCCGUGACUGUGAAUGAAAUACAGUUCUUCGGACAACAGGUGCUGGAUGUGGUCGGUUGCCUACAAGACAUUGAGAUUGAGGACUGGGAGUCAGUCGUCAUUGACAAUGCUACCGUGGAUGCACUCUCUUGCAGAAAAGAAUGCGCAAGCCAUUUCUUCACAUAUGCCCUUCUCGGUGACAACGCCACUUGUCUUUGUAGAUCAACUGUAGACAGUUUUAACGCAACCAGCCAAGUGCCAGAAUUGACAUCGUGUCAACAGAAUCCUUGUUACAUGCUGUACCGCACGUCGUCCCUAGCAACUAUACCUGUCUCUGGGUUAGAUGUCUUAGUUUCAUGUGGAAACAGUGACAUUUUGUUAGCCAACGAGACUAUAUACAUCUCCGUGGUCAUCGAACAGGGUGAUGAGGUUCAGUUGUAUGUAGAAGCAGAUGGAGAGGCAAUGCAAGAGAAUCCCGGUUUCACAUAUAGCGUGGUAUUCCCAACAGUAGGGAUACAUACGGUCAACGUGAUAGCUUCUAACAACGUCUCUAGGGUUGAGAAAAACAUACUGUUGAAGGUGGUGGAAGGCCCUGGUAACUUCGAUGGCCUGGAGAUAGACGUAUCUCCGGGGCUUACGAAUGACAAUAUAACGGUGUACGUUCUCAUGGACGAUCCGUUCGCCACCGGCUUGUGUUUCUGGAAACCUGGAGAUUCUAACAUGACGUUUUCGGGAAAUGUAACGCAACAAACAGUGCAAAAGAAUGAUAGCAGUGGUGUUAUGACCUUCAACCAUGUAUACGAAGUGCCUGGAGUGUAUGAAGUAGAAGUUUGCUGUGCAAAUGCUUUUGGCCAGGCUAACGCCACCGCAACUGUGUAUGUCGAAGACCACGUUAAUGCUACAAUCUAUGGAAACAGUCACCAUGUCUUCGGACAGAAUAUCACAGUCUAUUGGGACCUAAUAGCUGGAACAGAUGUUCAGUACACAAUAUCAUUGGGUGAGAGUAGUCAAUGCAAUGGAAGCAAUAGCACUGAGGGCAACGAGACUGUACAGAACAUAACAUGCUUGGUAGACCCCAAUGCAUAUUCCCACCAAGGCACGUACACUCUUGAAAUUUUAGUAUACAAUCAUGUCAGUCGUCUGGUCAAGUACAGUUACAUCGACAUUGACACUGAAAUUAGCAGCAUUAACAUUGCAGACUAUGAAACAUUUGCUGUGACAUCAGUGUCAUAUGAUUUCUCUGUUAAUGUCGAUGUCGUUGACACGACGAAUUGGGAACUUGUUUGGUAUGAAAAUAGCGAGCCUGUUAGUUUUCUAUCCGGGGAUGAAGGAAGAGAAGUGACAUCUCAGAUUUUCUUCAACGAAUCUGGGUAUAUGAUGAUGCAAGUGGAGGCCACCAACGCUGUUUCUAAGAAGCACGACAGGGCAAUCGUCAUCAGUGAAAACCCUGUGAAAGAUUUGAGUAUCAACAUUCUGUCCAUUAUAAAUCCUUCGGUUCCAGCAGUAAUACAAUUCACGGUUGGAGAACCUCACCCAGAUAACGCCGUAGUCUAUUUUACGUUUGGUGACGGCAGCCAAACAGAAGUAGUCGCUUUCGAGGAUGUUUGGGGAGGAUAUGAACACAAGUAUCCAGAUUUUGGUGACUACACUCUCAUCGUCACUGUACAAAAUCACGUCAGCAAGAGUAACAAGACAGCAAACGUGAGAGUCGGAAAGCCAGCUCGAGAAUUGAAAGCCGAGGCCCUUGCACAAUUUGUCCGUGCCAAGCUGGAGGAGUUAUCCGUUAGAAUAUCAACUCGGCAGGGAUCUGGAGUCAUGUACAAAGUAGAUUUCGGAGACGGUAGCGAGGUCGUUGAAGUUCCAAGGCUGGCAGAAGACAUGGAACAUGAUGUCCAGAUAGUAAACCACACAUACGCACAGCCUGGGCCCUAUGUCAUCAACGUGAAAGCAGUAAGCCGGUUUGGAAUAAUGGAAACAAACACAGAUCAGGUGACUUCUCAACAUCCAAUCAGAGGUAUCACUCUCGAGAACUCCAGCCCUUCUGUAGUACCGCCCGGAAAGGUUUUGUUCAUCUUUAGACUCGAAGAUGAUAUCCCUCCGCCGACAGACGCCAGCUGCCGAUACUACCUUGGAGAUCAAGAGAUAUCGAAUGCUAUGGACUUUCUCGAUUUCGUAGAUAAGAUGCACACGUGGAAGUACUACUUUGGGGAGGAUCUCUUCGGUGUUCACGAAAUUUCUGUGGCAUGCGAGAACCACGUCAGCCAGGUAGACUUCAAGACGACAGUAACAUUACAAGAAAUGGUGGGAGGACUUCAGGUCCUGAUAACUCCUAAUCCUAUUGGCGUCGGUGGUAUACUUACAAUAGAAGUCUCGCUAGCUCUUGGAAAUAUGGCCUCAUUCGAAAUCGAUUACGGGGACGGCACAGAGGUAGGGAGGCAAGGACCCUUUUACGAACGAGGGGCCAACUUUAAUGUAACGCAUGUAUACUGGGCUGAAGGAAACUACACGGUUGAAGUGACAGUGCAGAACAAGGUCAGUUCAGCUCAAUGGUCUGUACCAGUUCCGGGCGUUGUAGUGAGGCUGAGAAUUACGGAGAUAUUUCUCAUCUCAGACUACUUCGUCACUAUGCCCACCCAAGGGUCCGUUGGUCAUGACUUUGAGGUACGACUGCCUGUGUCGGAUGCUUAUCCAUCAAACGUGUAUGUCAGUUUUACACUUGACAACGGUAUCACACAGAACAGUAUUUCCACAGGCCUUACCGCAGCUGGAGUUCAUCAGGGAACCUUCCCAUUGACCAAAGCAGACGUAGGGAAGUUUAAAGCAGUCGUGACAGUGUACAACCUCAUAACGUCCGUUACGGUAGAACACGAUAUGGAAGUGCAGGAAGUUAUCACCGGACUGAAUGGUGUAGCACUGGAAUAUGUGAUUCCAGUCAACUCUGAUGCAAUAUUCCUCCUAUCAGUGCUCACUGGUUCGCACGUUACGUUCCAACUUGACUAUGGUGACAGCAAGGCUGAAGUCCUGCAGCAUCCCAACAUGUUUGCCGUGAGUGAGGUCACGGAGCCUGUCCAUAGUUAUAACGAUUCCGGUACUUACAAGCUGACAGUGACAGCGUGGAACAACGUCAGUUCUGCAAAGUACGACUUCAACAAGGACAUGACCGUUGAGUAUCCUGUGGGUAAACUCUACGUUACCAUCAACAACCCGUUCCCUGUGCCACCAGGGAUAGCGACUGUAAUGGUUGAUGUGCUACCUGACUCUCCUCCACCAAGCAGGGUCCGUUGCCAGUUUGACUUUGGUGAUGGAGCAAUCGAUGAUCCUAUGGCACAUAAUCUGUCCAUAGGUGUGAGACAUUCUCAGCAGCACACGUUUCAAGUGUUUUCUCCGUUGGAAACAUACGUUACCAGAGUGUGGUGUCGGAACGGGAUCAGUUCGCAGUUCAUUGAGAAGGAGGUAACAUUUGAAGGGGUGGUAUCUGGAUUGAAAGCGGUUACAGACAAAGUCAACGCGCCAGUUGAUGGUUCUGUAUGUGUAACCAUCAGUGUAACGAGAGGUUCAGAUCUAAAUUUUACCGUGGAAUAUGGCGAUGGCACAGUUGAAUGGGUUUUGGCUGACGACCGGGAGGCUAAAUAUCAGCCUACAGUUGUCUGCCACUCGUUCAAAGAUGUAGGGCAGUUUUCCAUCUCAGUUACUGCUUCUAACGCAGUAAGCGAACAGAAAUACAACGUUGUCCAAGACAUUACUGUACAGAUGCCGAUUUCUGGAUUUAGGUUGGAUGUCUCCUCACCAGUACAUGUACCUCCUGGGAAUGCUGACUUCGAGGUAGAAAUAUACGGGAAUCUCCCAACUGACGCUGUCUAUCUCUGGCAGUUCGGAGAUGGCACGAUGCUGUCAGAUGUCACCGUCGACAGCAAGCGAUACACCCACACCCACACCUACGACAGGAUGUCAACAGGAACAAGGACCGUCUCUCUAACGUGCAGCAAUCUAGUAAGCAGCGUUACCGAAACAGCAGUGGUAGAAGUAUUUGAGACAAUAGCUGGACUUGCUCUGAAUGUUAGCUCUUACAUUGCUACAGUAGGCAUAAAGAUUGAUUUCACCAUCACCAUGGCCAAGGGUUCAAACGUGGUUUAUGAUGUGAACUUUGGCGAUGGGAAGUCUACCACGCUACACCAACCCUUACCACACGACGUGCCACGUCCCAUUCAUUUUACCUAUGCCUACAACAACAGCGGCCUCUUUGAUGUUACUGUAAUAGCGUCGAACAACGUUAGCGCGCUACAAGUUGCCCUGCCUACACCAAUCACCGCCCAGUUUGAAAUAACAAACCUGACACUAACCAACGACGAUCCCAUCCCCUAUCCACCGGGUCUGGUCUCCUUUGUAGUGUCCGUACCACCUUCUAUCAUCGCCCCUACCAACAUAUCAAUGAAUAUUGAGUUUGGAGAUGGAUUGAGCGAAAUCAGAGAGGCAUUUGGAAUAACCACAGAGUAUCCAGAGAACAUAACGCAUCAGUACAGCCAAUCAGCUGUUGGUACAGCACAGAUCAGCAUUGAAUGCUUUAAUCUUGUUAGCAAAAAGCGAUUCGACGUGAGCAUGGUCGUCCAGGAGCGGAUUACAGGACUGACAAUGUUGGUGAACAAAGAUCGUACCCAUGUUGGCGGGGAAGCGACGGUCGACAUCAGUGUUGCUACCGGCUCUCAUCUUAUCUUUGAGGUGGACUUUGGCGAUGGUAAAACUCAAGUCAGCAGCUUCAAAUCUCGCAAAAGAGUGGUGAUGAAACAUACCUACACCGUUGAAGGAUAUUACAUAAUCCGUGUCGCCGUUUCAAAUUACUUUGGCACCCUUAAGGAUAAGGCAGAAAUCUCAGUACAGCAUCCUGUGCGUAGUUUGAACGUAACGGUCAACAAUCCAGUUCCUCUUCCAGAAGGACAAGCAAUCUUCGUAGUCAAUAUACCAAAUAACGUAUCACUGCCUACGAAUGAAUCACUACACUGGUCCUUUGGAGAUGGCAGCUUGAAAACGACAGAAGGUGCUCUCCAACACACUACACAUUUCUUUCAUCAGUAUGCAUCUGCUGGUCGCUACUAUGCUGAAUGUGUGGUAUCCAAUCUUAUUAGCACUAUGACACUGAAAACUACGGUCGAUAUUAUAGAAACCAUUACAGGGAUACAACUGCAACACGUCACAUUGAUCAAUCCUAUGACAACCAUUUUUGAUGAGGACGACUCCUUUGUAUCCUAUCAAAGUCUCGAGGAAGAUGUAUUACUUAAAGCAACUAUCGCCACAGGUAGUAAUACGACUUAUGUUUGGGACUUUGGCGAUGGUUCUACGGGGUUAGUGACGGUUGCCAACGAGGUAUCGCAUCGAUACACCAAGCCAGGAGACUAUGUUGUAACAGUCACCGCUGAAAACCAAGUUAGCAGUGUGAACACAAAUACAACCCUUGCAGUACGACAGGGUAUCAUCCUCGAGUCGUUCGGUAAUACUGGCCCAGCCCCAUUACCGAAUUCAACUGUGUCGCUUGUGCUGAAUGUCACUCAGUUCGGAACGGACUCCUGCUAUCUCUUCGACAUGGGAGACGAGCGCGUCAGAGUGGUGUACGGGGCAGAGAUAUGUAAGGAGAUCGACUAUUUCAAGAAGGACGAAAUUGUGACCAUUGACAGUACGGACACUAUCGUCCACGAUUACAGCUAUAACCAGGAUGGUUUCUUUGACGUAAAAGUGACAGCGAUGAACCGGGUUUCAUUUCAAGAGAUGAAGACCAGGGUAAAGAGCGGUUGGCCAUGCAUGAGACCUUUUGUCCAGAUCAUAGGAGAAUAUCGUGACAUCUUAUCUCCAAGAGUUGAGACAAAAUCAUCUAAAAUACGUCUUGGAAGCAAUGUUGAAAUAGACUGUAGGACAACGAAGGUAAACAUCACAUGGGCCAUCCACAAGGUUGUUUUGAUAGAAGGGGAGGAAUUAACAAACGAGACUGGUUUCGCCUUACAUCCAUAUCCAUUGGAGCUUAUUUCAGAAGCUACGGGCACUGAGAUCGUCAUUCCUCCCUUGACCUUCGAUAUUGGGCUGUACAAACUUGAUAUAACUGUUGCUAUGCCUGGGUUUGAAGGCCUGGAGAAUGGCGACUCUAUGUACCUGUCAGUUGUGAAGUCAAGGCUCGUGGUUGGGAUCAAGGGAGGCGCCAGUCGUCCCAUUGGGUACGGAUUGCCGAUGGCGUUAAACGCAGACGAACUGUCAUAUGAUCCGGACGAACCCCACAACAAGACAGGGCUUUUGUUUUCUUGGGUUUGCCGAAAAAGCGAUGAGAGUGUCCCAAAAGGCUGUUCAAACAACGCCACUCUGCUCGCAGAAACCAGAAAUCGCACCCACAACAGUAGCGAAGGAUGCUUCGGGACAGGAUACGUGCUGAAGGGGUUUUCUGAUGGCAAUUUUACUGCAUACAACACCAGCAUGUUACGGGUGAAUCUGACGUACAUCUUCCGAGUGGAGAUGAGGAAAGAUGACCGAUGCAUGACGUCAGAACAAUCCAUUCUAAUCGUUGAAGGAGAUCCACCGGAUGUAGAAAUAAGGUGUGUUGACGGCUGCUCGUACAAGACGAACCCCUCUGCCCGUCUGUCUCUGACCGGCAGGUGCUCUUUCUGCAAAACAUUCAAAGGCAUAGAGUACACAUGGACUGUUGCCAAAGUCGACGGUCAAAGACGUCAACCAAUAGCAAAAUCACUGAUAUCUACGUAUCAAGCAAACACUGCAAGAUCGUCCCUUUUCACUAUUGAGGGGAAGAGCCUCGAAAGUGGUUUCCACUACAGUGUUCGUCUGACGUUAAAACAGUACGGCUACGCUGCUGGGUUCAGCGAGUACACGUUCAUCACCAACUGUCCACCAACUGGAGGUCACUGUGAUAUCACACCGGAAUAUGGAUACGCACUGGAGACAGAGUUCCAAGUCACAUGUGCAGGUUGGUGGGAUGAGGGUGAUUACCUGAACUAUGAGGAGGCAAACGCUAACAACUACCAGUCCAGGAAAAUGAAGUACAGGUUCUGGUCCAGGCGGUUGGGCUCAGGGCAACAGUCACUCAUCAGGUUCGGAGAAGAACCUUUCACUCCGAAGUUGACGUUUCCUCUCGGACCUGCUGCAUAUAACCACACAUCAGAGAUCAGUGUGCAGAUUGUGGACACACUGGGGGAGUAUGCUCAAGUCAAUAUGACUAUACAGGUCGUUGAUUUCCCGGAAAUGGACACCGAAAACAAGCUGCUUGAGUUGACCAACCCUGACAAGUUGUCUAUGCUUGUACUAGGGGGCAAGCAGCAAAACAUUGGGCAGAUAGGCACAAUUGUGGCUGACACUAUCAACGAGGAGGAAUCUAAUGGUAUAACAGCCAUAAAUGACCAAGAAGCUGGAGAAAAGAAGAAACGACAUGAACAGAUGAGGUCCAGUGUGGUAUCUGCGCUAUACCAGACAGCAGGAUCCGUCACCAGUGUGGAGGCAGUACAACAAUCGUGCAUCACCAUGAAAGCUAUCACAGGAAAAGCGUCUGAGGUAUCUCCAGACACCCAGGUCACAGCGGCAUCGGCUGUAGAGAACAUGGCGGAGAAAUUAAAGUCGGUUGACGUGUCUGAUGAAAUCUCUGAGAAUAUUGAGAAUACAGCAACAGAACUUGUGUCCAGUCUUAGCAACAUUCUGGUCGCCACGGACACGACAGUCCAGGAGAAGGUCAAACCUCCCGUAACAGAAGAAGAGCUGGACGUGAUGUCAUUGAGUCCAGAGGAGGCUGAACAAAGAGAACAGGAUCUACCAACAGCUCAAAAGUUACAGCAAGAGGAUGAAGCCUUGGCAAAAGACACAGCAAAACAGGUCUCAACAAAGACGUUUAAAGCUGCAACAGCGAUAUCAAACUUAGUUCUGAAGACGAAGACCAUCGGUUCUCCGGCACUGGUCAUUGACUCGCCUAAGCUGUCCAUGGUGAUAGAGCGGUCUGAGCCUUCUGCCCUAGCUGGUAAAGCUGUGACGGCACGGGAAGGAUCCUUCAACAUCCCUCCAGCCAUCGCAGCUAAGCUGGGCGAGGGUUCUGGUCCUGUUGAUAUGAAAGUUAUGUCUUUACCGAACAAUCCAUUCAUAUGGGACGAGAGUGCUAGUUCAAUAAACAGCCCUGUGGUGUCACUGGCUUUCCAAGGCUCAGAUGGCAAUGAACUAGCCAUGGAUCAUAUGGAGGAACCGUUCGAGAUAAGGAUCAAUAACAGUCCAGAAAAGGUUCCAAUUCCUAAACGAUUUGACCCACCAGACCCGUCGCAAGAGUCGGAAGAGGAAAACUUUUACUACGAUUACGAACCAGAAAUCGACAUGGACUACGCCUUCCACAUAAUAGACGUGCCCAGAAGUGACAACGCUAUCAGAGUCAUCAUUCGUCCAGGAGAUCCAAAGAUGUUGCUGAUGGCAUAUCUGAGAGUGGGAGACUACCCAAGCUCAAGUGAGUUCAACGCAAGUGGGAUCAUUCCGCGUGAAGUCAACAUGAACGGGACUUUCACACCGGAGGAACUGGAUGAGAUACGACACUCGGUCAUGGUGCCUGAAGACAUGGUAUACAGCAACGUCAGCUGGCAUCUUGCCAUUCAAGAAAUAGACCCUGAAAACAACAGUUCAAUGGGAGCACCGUCGUCCAACUACACUCUUCAGACCCUCAUACUUGGAUGUAAAUUUUGGAGUGAAGCUGAGCAGCGAUGGGCGGGUGAUGGCUGUAAGGUUUCUGACAAGUCCACAGCCAACGUAACAGUUUGCGAAUGUACGCAUUUAACUUCGUUUGGUUCCGAGCUUUUCACUCCUCCCAACACCAUCGACUUCAGUACGGUCUUCAGCAAAAACAUCGCCGAGAAUGCGUACGUUUUGGGCACCGUCCUUGCUAUCACCGCCGUGUAUCUGGUAUGCGUAUACUUCGCUCGGAAAGGAGAUAACAGAGAUGUCCAGAAGUGGAGUGUGUCCCAGCUGUCAGACAACAGACUCAUAGAUAACCACUUCUAUGAGAUCACCGUUCAGACAGGCAUCGGGAAAACAUCCGGUACCAAGUCGGAAGUCUUCUUCACUCUGUACGGUGAGAACGAGUCCACCAGGACCAGGACGAUGAAGGCAAAGGACAAGGAGUUCAGCAGUGGUAGUGUGAAUAAGUUUCUCAUGGCUGAGCACAAGCACCUGGGCGCCCUGCAGUCCCUCCGUAUCUGGCACAACAACAGCGGGAAGGGCGCAGAUGCCAGCUGGUACCUAGACAGGGUACAAGUCCGAGAUCUGGACACCGGCAAGAUGUACUACUUCCUGUGUGACAAAUGGCUCGCUGUGAACGAGGAUGAUAGUGAGGUCUGUCGUACACUGCCCGUGGCCACGGAGGAGGACAUGAAACAGUUCAACACUGUGUUCUUUUCCACCGUGAAGAGAGACUUCAACGACGGCCACCUGUGGUUCUCUGUGUUCUCCCGUCCGACCAGAAGUAACUUCACCCGAGUUCAGCGCGUCACGUGCUGCUUGUCUCUGCUCUUCUGCACCAUGGUGUCUAACGCCAUGUGGUAUGACACAGAGAAGAAGGUACGGACUGUCCAUGCUCUCACCAUAGGCCCAAUCACCCUCACCUUUCACCAGCUGUAUGUUAGCUUCAUGAGCAGCAUCCUCAUCUUCCCUGUCAACAUUGGGCUCGUCACACUGUUCAGGAGGGUAAGGGAAAAGGAAGCAGCUGUAUAUGAGGUUGGUGCGGGCGAGGACAUGGCCGAGACGGUGGAAAAAGGAGAUGUCAAAGACGACGAAGAAAAGCAGAGCAAGAAGAAGAAGAAGAAGCGUUUCAUGUUUCCACAUUGGAUGGUGUACGUGGCAUGGAUUGUCGCCUUCCUGGUGACCUUCACGUCCGCGUUCUUCAGCGUGCUGUACAGUCUGGACUGGGGCGCCAAGAAGUCCAUCGCCUGGCUGACGUCCAUGCUCAUGUCCUUCACCAUGUCUGUGUUUGUACUGGAUCCUAUCAAGGUCAUUCUCUUAGCUGCGCUUUUGUCGCUGGUCUUCCGGAAACCCAGUUCGAGUGAAGAGGACGACUCGGAUGAUGAGGAAAUGAAAAACAAGCUACAGGAUGACGAAGACUGGAUAAACGAGAUGCCCCCGGACGAUGGCGAUGAACUCGAAGAUAAGCUUGGAGCACCUGACCCUGUCCGUCUGGCUCAAGCAAAGGAGAAGAUGCACAAACAAGCGGUCAUGUCGGAUCUCAUCCGGGAGAUAGUGCGCUACAUGCUGCUGGUCUUGGUGCUCAUGCUCAUCGCGUACAACAACAAAGACCCGAGCUCCUACAACUUGGUCAAAACAUUCAGGGACAACUUUGUUCAUGUGGAGCUGCCUCUGGAAACGGUACGCACGGACCAUGACUUCUGGACCUGGGUGAACAACACAUUGAUACCAGGACUGUACACGGGAUCUUGGUACAACGGCAAGCCUACCACGUUACUUGAACAGCAGUUCCUGGCAGACAAGUUAUCAUUCCGUGUGGGACCGGCAAGGAUGAGGCAACUUCGGGUACCACCUUCAGAUUUGUGUCAGAUUAAGCUCCAUGUGGCAGGGUUUGUGGAAGGAUGCACUAUGGAAUAUUCUACGGAACUGGAGGACCAGAUGGCCUAUUUACCUGGAUGGAAAUAUCACCCGAACGCCUCAGUCUUAGCAGAUGCACUUCAGUGGGUGUACCAAUCUUCUGCCGACCUUGGAGUGGAUUCCACGUCCGGCCGUCUCACGACCUACAGUGGAGGUGGAUACGAGGCAGAUUUCGGAACGUCCAACCUAAGAGCUAAGCGAGCUUCCGGCUACCUCGAGUCCCAAGGUUGGAUCGACAGGUUGACACGAGCCAUCAUUGUGGAGUUCACUGCCUACAACGCCAACGUCAACCUGUUUGUGGCUGCCCGGUACAUACUAGAGUUUGGCGCGGUGGGCGCUGGCUUGACAGGACAGUAUGACAUCCAGGUCUUGCGCCUGUACAGCUACGUGGGUCCCUUUGGGAUACUGAACAUACUGAUAGAAGUGGUGUAUGUUCUGUACCUAUGCUACGCGAUGUUCAAGGAGGGUAAGAGCAUGAAAGAGCUAGGCUGUAAGAAGUACUUUGGGGAUCCUUGGAACAUGCUGGAGAUUCUCAUCAUCAUCGGAUCCCUGGUCUCCAUCGGGUUCUAUGCAGCAAAAACCAUCAUUUCAUCCUUCACAUUGUCUUCAGUACAGGCAUCUAGAGACGACUUUGUCAGUUUCCAGAGUGCCAUCACCUUCCAGUCAGCUUACAGCGUUACGCUGGCCCUGGUCGUGUUCCUGUCCACACUGAAGUUCAUGAAGCUCCUCAGGUUCAACAAGAAGAUCUCUCUCCUGUCGGCGACUCUGCGCCACAGCACCACCAUGAUGGUUCCCUAUGGGUUUCAGUUCAUGCUGGUCUUCUUCGCGUUUGUACACUUCGCCACCGUCGCAUUUGGAACAAAUUCACUAUCGUACACCAGUUUUUCGGGAAGUGGCCAGACUAUUUUUGGCAUGCUGCUGGGCAAAUUUGACCACAAGGAGCUGACCCAGCUGCACUGGCUGCUGGGACCCGCCAUGUUUAUUGUGUUCAUGAUCGUCGUGUUCCUCAUCAUGAUGAACAUCUCCUUCACCAUCAUCAGCGAAAGCUUUGCAGAAGUCCACAAGGAGCUAUACAACCAGGAGAACGACUAUGAAAUCAUGGACUUUUUGCUGGAUGGUUUUAAGAAAGGCUUCCGGCUGGUGAAGAGCAUGGUGGUGGCCAUAGACGAGGAUGAAGACAAAGUUCCUGUUUACGUCGACUUUGAGCCAGAGUGCAUCGUGGAACGGUCCAACCAGCUGUUCCACUCCAUCAUCCGUCUGUACGUCAGGGAAGGGUUCGAGGAUGAAGACACAAAAGCCGUCUUACAGGAGAUGAGUGAUUCGGGGGUCUCCGUCGAAGACUUGGCUCUAUCUGUGAUUCGGGAACAUCAAAGCCGUGGGGGACCUAGAAAGCUGUGUGUCUACCGAGAAGACACCGAUGUGGAGUGGCGUCCCGAACUCAACUCAGACGGGGAACGUGUCUUCGUUAGCCGACCCUGCAAUAACGAAUGGACUCUCAAGGAAACGUUCAGCAACUCAAAGGAGGCAGCCGGCAGAUCUGCCAACUUGAUGGGUGCCUUCUCUAUUGGCAAAGUGGCAAAAAGCGUUACUUUUGAUGACGUUUUCGAAGACAUGGCAUCGCCACCUCAUCAAGGUGGAGGUCAGAAACCAGCGCUUGGACCGGGACAUCGUCAGAAGGGCAGAGACUCAUGGUACAUUCCUGGUCCAGGCUCUCCAGAUAACGUUGACGUUGUCCAUAGCAACAGUUACCAGGCAACGGCGGGUCUGACCGAGUCAUCUGUUUCCCGUAGCCGUACAUCUAGAACCGCAGCCAUGACUACAGCCUCUACUGCAACCAUGACGAAAACCUCUGACAACACUGGAUGUCCAGCCGCAGCUGUUUACAUUGAACCUGACGAGAGUGUCCAAGACGAGCAGUUUUUGAGCGGCAAUGACCAGGAAGAAUUUGGGGGUGGGUUUGACCUUCCGACAGACGAGGCAGACCUCCUCGCCCCGGCUGUCUAUGUAGCGCCCUCUGACGACGAUGGAUGGAAAGACACGUAUGACCAACUCCCCGACGACUGCAGUAAAACGGUUGAGGAACUGGAAAUGGCCCCUGCAAGUGGGAUGGGGUAUGUGAUGGACGACAACGGCGGGGGGACAACACCAGACUUGUGGUACUCUGUCCCCGGGGAAGAGGAGGACCGUCAACCAGCAUCUGACACUUUCGACCUCAACAGCUUGGAUGAUCUGUGAACAUUUGUUAAGAAAAUUUAGCAGGCAAAUGGAUUUAACAACGUCUUAGAUUGUUCAUCUUGAUCCUUACUUUUGUUUCGCAGCCUAGUCCUCUUCAUUAUUGUUAGGCUAUCUUAUUAGCUUUCGCCGCCUACCCGGAGCGUACGGGCUACAACAGUGCUACAGAAACUACAAACGGUUUAAGUAAAAUCUAUCCCUAGUUCAAGAGCUAGGCUUAAGGAGACUUUGUUAACGUUUCAAGUAACGCACAAAGGCUAUUUUGGUUGAUUUGUUUGCGAAAUUUGACAAUUUGAGUAGUUAUUCAGAUUUGAGGUUAUAUACAAAACAAAUGUAUGUGAUUUUGUCUUUAUUGUCAGCACGCAAUGAUGUGUCAGUGCACAGAAUAUUACAAUAUUUUUAGAUUGGAAUAUUUAAGGACGAUGAGACCAUGUUAACGUUAUGCAUGCACAUGGCUCUAUACGCUUCAGGGUAUUGGUUUUUGCUAUGUCCAAACUCUAAAGCAGGCUUUGAUAGGAUACAGUGUUUCAUAGUUCACUGAUUGGAUGUACAUUAUUAAGACUGGCACUGACUUGUGUAUUUUGUCACUGUUAACGUGUUAAGUUUUUCGUGGUUGUAAAUUCUAACGAGUUGUGGCGAAGUUGUCGGAUUUUUCAUAUGCUUUUCUCUCAAAGGCGAUAGAAUUGAGAAGAAUGGUAUAUAUGGCAUACAUGUAUAUUCACGAGAUUUUCCGUGAUGAGGGACAUACACAAUCUAUGAUCCUCUAUAAUAGAUUUGAGUACUACUUUGUGAAAACAGAUUGGAAUGAAAUACACAAAAUG